AGAACAUUGAAACUUGACUUCUUCUGACUUGUUCCCGCAUUAUUUUGACGAAGUAUUUAUACAUAUUGAGAGAUAUUAGUCCAUUAAAUCAUCGUGGAGUCCACAUAGUACGCAUAUCUGUACGAAUGGUUGUUUUAAAUUGCCUGGUUGUCGGUAAACCGCAGAAGACAUGUUGACUAGUUGUCAAAGAUUGAUGUAUCGCCGGCUAGUGUUUUAUAUUUCACUUGGUAGCGUUUAUAUGACUGUGGUAAUUUCACAAGACUUGAAUGAAGACUGUUGUGAAAAGGGUGGACCCUGUCUGAGGCCUUGUCGCAACGAAGGUAUAUGUCAUCAAAGUGUGUGCCUAUGUCAAGCUAACUACUACGGGAGAGUUUGCCAGUUCGUACGAGAGAAGCCAGUAUCCUGUAAAAGGCCAUGUCAGAAUGGAGGUACUUGCAUUGAUAGACGGUGUGUGUGUGCUGAUAAAUACUAUGGCACUGCUUGUCAGUUCAUAGCAGAAGAUAAAACUCCAAGGGGAUGUAUAAAUCUGUGUCAGAAUGGAGGUAUUUGUAACACAUUAACUGGUUUUUGUAUCUGCUCAGAUGACUAUGAAGGAAAUUCAUGUGAAAACAGUAAAAUGUCCACUUUAAAUUUGAUUCCCAACAGUAUGUGUAGGUUCAGUACAGAUUGUAAUGGUAAUGGUAUUUGUCUGGAUGAUGGGCACUGUGGCUGUAAUGUUGGUUAUCAUGGUGACCGUUGCCAAUUUGGAAAUGGACUUGAAGAAGACAAUGACAACAAAAGCACUGCAAUGUCACACCAUCCAAGUGAAUAUGUUGUUUAUUUUGUUGGCUGUAUUAUUGUUGUUGUGAUACUCGCUGUUGUACUGGUUGUGCGGGCUUCCAUCAGGCGGCAACGAAUGAGAUGCCAAAAUCAAACUGUUGCAACACUAGAUAACACAAUUCGUUCCUUCAUCACUGCAUCCAUACAUGGCAGUCCACCUGAUGAGAUACGAUCGGUGUCAACUGACCCACCACCAGCUUACCACACAGUGCAGGAAUCACUACUACAAGAGUUACCUCCUAGCUAUGAAGAAGCUCUCAAACUACGACAACAACCUUUGAUACCCUCAGAUGAUAUGCAAACAGAAUUUAACAGUGAACCAGUGUAGUUUUGCAUCCUGGGUAAUUAUAUUUUAUGUACAAUGUGGGCAUAUGUCAAUUGACUGAGCCUGAUUGUAUGGUAAUUAAGUAACGUAAGAUUCUUGAAUUUUGGUGAAUAUGUGAGGGCUUUAAGACAAUGGGUUCACAGUUACACAUGUAUCUGUGUUGAAUGCAUUGUAGUGUAGAUUUCAUGUUACUUAACAAAUAUGAUCAUAAUUGGACAAAGUAUGAAACAAAAUACAUAAUAAUCCAGGCGAGACUUUUAUAGUAUCGUACAGUCGGUUUGUCUUAUUGUGAAAAUUAGAACAAAAUGUUAACACAGAACGAGUCAACAGUUUAUGGGAACGUUACAGAUUACCCAGACACUUUUUGAUGUGCAUGUCAAAAACAUACACCACAAUGUAUACCUUUGAGAAGGAUUACAUGUACAUUUUGUUAUUCAGUACUCAGUAUUAAGUAAAACCAAUUCUUUUAAUUGGUGCCUCUAUUUAAAAUCACACAGCUUGUGGUUACUGAUUCUCAUUUUGUGUCUUGAUGGCUGACAACAGAAUGUUACUUGAAUGUAUUCAGUAAUUUGGUUAGCUGUGCUGGUUACAUGGUUACAUGCCCACCGUUUCCUAUUUGCAUUAUUCAGGUAGAUGCACAUAAGCAAAUGGCUAUGACAAUGUAUAUAUUUUCUAAAGGCUUCAGUACUGUCGCCAUGAUAACCUUCUGUCAUGUUAUUCAGGGACAUGAUUAUUUGUAUGUAUUUCAAUUUUUUUUUUUGUGCAAGAUUUAAGUUUGUGUAAAUAAAAAUAUUUUUCUAUAUAUUUUUACUUCCGAAAUGGGCUGAUAUGAUAUAAAAAAUAACUGUUCUUAAAAAAAAAUAACCUACAUAUCUAUACUUCUACGGUAUAUGAAUGUGUGUCAUGUAUAUACAUAGGAAAAUAGAACACGUCUUAAGAAAUAUAGUUGCAAGUGAAAUUUUAUGGACACAAUUUGCUAUGAAUGGCAGGUUUCUAUGACAAAACAUUUUAUUACCGGUACAUUACAAGUGAACUGUGAUGAAAUGUUUCCUGAUCAGAAGCAUCAGACACAAGACAAGAUCAGAUGACUGCUAUGUUUGAUUAAUUUCUAAAUCAUUUGUUGAUCAUCUUGAGUGGACAGUAAAGGUUUCCACAGACAAUUUACUUGCAACUGCGGUGGAUUCAGACAACUUUCACAGUAUUAAUUUGAAACUUCUCAUACUAAAAUAUAUGUAGGCAUGAAUACAUUUAUCCGACCAUUGACUGAAAAAUUUAAUUUGUUGAAAUGUGUCAAUUAAUUGAAAAAUUAUUUAUUACAUUGUUAAGAGUUGGUUAAUUUUAUUAAAUGUUGGUGCAGAGACACAAAAAUCAUUAAUUUACAUGAUUAUUAUGCACAAAUUAGCUCCAAAAAGAUGUUUAGCAUUUUUAAAUCAUCCAAGUUAAAGCAACUAAUAAAGAAUUGCAUAAGCAUUGAAAAGUAGGCCUCCUCCAACAAAAUGUAUCACUGAAAAAAUGAAUAGAUAUUCUACAUGAAAGGUCAAUGCUUACAAACUGUAUCUCUGAACUGAAUAGUUUGGACUGUUGCUCUGUGCCACCAUUACAACCACUAAGCAGGCAAAUAUCUACCCGGUAAUAACAAAUAUGAACAAGUGUGACGUUCUAUUAAAGACAGUGGAUGUACUGUGUGGGCAUAUAAAUGUUCAUGAUAAUGAGUUCAAAUUUAAACUUUUGUAUGCACUGCUUCGCUAUUUACAUGUUAUUUGUUUACUUAUGUUUUUAAGAAUGUAAAUUAUUGUAACUUCGAUUCAAUUUAUUCAAUGUAAUUUGUAAAAUAAAUACUUUUUAAUUUCCUAA